CGGGUAACGGAGCGGAGCGGCCGCGGCGCGCCGCCUCCCGCCCUCCGCCGAGUGGCGCCGGAGCCGCCGCCGCUUUACGUAAGGCGCAGGCCAGGGCCGCCGGCGCUCGGCAGCCGCUCGGAGCCCUCGCCGCGAGAGGAGGCGCCCCCGCCGGCCGCCGCGCCGCCCGGCCGCUCGGCAGGUUCUGCCGGAGACUUCCAUCUGGCCUCAAUGUGAAAGUAAAGUAAACCACAUCUGUGUGUGUGUUGCUCCCAGGAUGCUGAUUCAUUGGUCAUGUCUGAAGAGGGAAAUUCUGGUCUAGAUGGCUGACAGCCCGCGAAAAUAGAUGCUUAUCCUAGAUGUCCGGCGUCUCUCCUUUUUACUGGAGUGAAAAUCCCCUCCAGAUACCAACAGAACGUCACCUGCAGAAAAUGCCUCGCAUUUUAAGGAUGUCAGCAACCUAAAUUCAUGCGCCCUGUGUGCACAGUUGUCGUGGACGGUUUACCAUCUGAGAGCUCCUCAGCCUCUUCUCCAGGCCCCGUACCUGUGUCUGAGAUGUCUCUGCUCCAUGCUCUGGGCCCAGUGCAGACCUGGCUGGGACAGGAGCUGGAGAAAUGUGGCAUCGACGCCAUGAUUUAUACCCGGUAUGUCCUCAGCCUCCUGCUGCACGACAGCUAUGACUACGACCUACAGGAACAGGAGAAUGACAUCUUCCUGGGCUGGGAAAAAGGAGCUUAUAAGAAAUGGGGAAAGAGUAAGAAAAAGUGCUCAGAUCUAACUCUAGAAGAAAUGAAAAAACAGGCUGCUGUCCAGUGUCUUCGUUCUGCUUCUGAUGAAAGCUCUGGCAUCGAGACUCUGGUGGAGGAGCUCUGCUCCAGACUGAAAGACCUGCAGAGUAAGCAAGAAGAGAAGAUUCACAAAAAGUUAGAGGGGUCUCCCUCUCCAGAGGCAGAAUUAUCCCCUACAGCAAAGGAUCAAGUGGAAAUGUACUACGAAGCGUUCCCACCGCUGUCCGAGAAGCCGGUCUGCCUGCAGGAGAUCAUGACCGUGUGGAACAGGUCUAAAGUCUGUUCUUACUCCAGCUCUUCCUCGUCGUCCACGGCGCCCCCCGCCAGCACAGACACGUCCUCCCCCAAAGACUGCAACAGCGAAGGAGAAGCGAGCAAGGAGAGAAGCCGCGAGGCGGGCCCCACUGCACACGAGAGAGCCCAGAGCAAGAGCAGAAGCGAGAAGGAGGACAGGUUCGGGCACGGCGCCGCGGAAGAGCAGCCCGCCCUGUACAAAAAGCAGGUCCGACACAAGCCUGAGGGACGGAUUCGCCCUCGCUCGUGGUCCUCCGGCUCGAGUGAAGCGGGCUCGAGUUCGAGCGGUCCUCGGGGAGAACUGAAAGCCUCCGUGAAGUGCGUGAAAGUCCGACACAAGACGCGAGAAGUUCGGAACAAGAAAGGGCGGAACGGGCCGGGCAGGCUGUCGCUGAAGCCCGGCGACAAGGCCGAGCGGGCCGUCCGCGCCGCCGGCAGCAGCAGCAGCGGCAGCGGGGGUGGCGGCGGCUCCGUCAAGCCGCUGUGCCGGCGCGGGAAGAGGCCCCUGAAGGACCCGGGGAGGAGAGACCCCGGGAGCGCCGAAGGAAGAGACCUGUCCCUGGAGAGCAGAAACGACAGGGAGUACAAGGAGGAGCCGCUGUGGUACACGGAGCCGAUUGCCGAGUAUUUCGUUCCUCUGAGCAGGAAAAGCAAACUAGAGACCACCUACCGAAACAGACCGGAUGCGAGCGACCUGCCGUCGGAGGCGGUGGACGAGUUGUCAGAGUCCGUGCACAGUCUUUGUAUCAGCAACAAUAAUAUGCAUAAAACAUACCUCGCAGCAGGUACUUUCAUUGAUGGUCAUUUUGUAGAAAUGCCUGCGGUCAUCAAUGAGGAGGUUGACCUCACUGGGACCUCGUUCUGUCCUCUCCCGGAGGACAACAAAUAUCUGGAUGGUAUUCAUCUGUCAGAAUUAACACACUUCUAUGAAGUGGACAUUGAUCAAUCCAUGUUGGAUCCUGGUGCCUCAGAAACCACGCAAGGAGAAAGUCGGAUUUUGAAUAUGAUUCGACAAAAAAGCAAAGAGAAAACCGAUUUUGAGGCAGAAUGUUGCAUAGUGUUAGAUGGAAUGGAGUUGCAAGGGGAACGUGCAAUAUGGACAGAUUCUACCAGCUCCGUGGGUGCCGAGGGCUUAUUCCUGCAAGACCUCGGCAAUCUGGCUCAGUUCUGGGAGUGCUGUUCAUCCAGCUCGGGCGAUGCCGACGGGGAGAGUUUUGGGGGGGAUUCUCCAAUCAGACUCUCCCCGAUCUUGGACAGCACGGCGCUCAAUCCACAUUUGCUUGCUGGCAAUCAGGAGCUCUUUUCAGAUAUUAAUGAAGGAUCUGGUAUAAACUCUUGUUUUUCAGUGUUUGAAGUGCAAUGCAGUAAUUCUGUUUUACCGUUUUCUUUUGAAACACUCAACUUGGGGAAUGAAAAUACAGAUUCUAGUGCUAAUAUGCUUGGGAAAACACAGUCUAGAUUGCUAAUAUGGACCAAAAAUAGUGCCUUUGAAGAAAACGAACACUGUUCUAAUCUCUCAACAAGAACUUGUAGCCCAUGGUCCCAUUCGGAAGAGACGCGUUCGGACAACGAGACGUUAAACAUUCAGUUUGAAGAGUCCACGCAGUUUAACGCAGAAGAUAUGAAUUAUGUGGUUCCUAGAGUCUCGUCAAAUUAUGUAGAUGAAGAACUCCUAGAUUUCCUGCAAGACGAAACUUGCCAGCAAAACAGUAGAACGUUGGGAGAAAUUCCCACCUUAGUCUUCAAACAAACAUCGAAGCUAGAAUCUGUCUGCGGUAUUCAGCUGGAACAAAAGACGGAACCCAAGACCUUGGAAACUGCGCGAGGGUGUGGCGAGAGCGGUCCACGUGGAGGCGGUUACAGCUCAGGGGUCAUUAAAGACAUUUGGACACAGAUGGCAGACGGGGGUUCUGUCGCUACGGCGGACGUGGAGCGAACGGACGAGGAGUUGUUCCCGACAGAUGUCAACAACUACUGCUGCUGCCUGGACGCCGAGGCCGAGGCGGAGACCCUCCGGGAGCCCAGCAAGGCCGUGCAGAGGUCGGAGUACCGUCUGUGGGAGGGCCAGAAGGAGAGCCCAGAGAAGAGAGCUUUCGCGUCCGGGGAGCUGUCGAAGGUGGACGGUGGCGACUACACGACACCCUCGAAACCUUGGGACGUGGCCCAGGACAAAGAGAACACCUUCAUUCUCGGAGGAGUUUACGGAGAACUCAAGACCUUCAGCAGCGACGGGGAGUGGGCGGUCGUCCCGCCCGGUCCCACGAAAGGAAGCCUGCUGCAGUGUGCGGCCUCUGACGUGGUGACGAUAGCAGGUACGGAUGUCUUCAUGACCCCGGGAAACAGUUUCGCUCCCGGUCACAGGCAGUUGUGGAAACCCUUCGUGUCGUUUGAGCAGAACGAUCCGCCGAGGAGUGGGGAAAAUGGAUUAAAUAAGGGAUUUUCUUUUAUCUUCCAUGAAGACUUACUAGGAGCUUGUGGUAACUUUCAGGUUGAGGAUCCUGGGCUUGAAUAUUCCUUCUCUUCCUUUGACUUAAGCAAUCCGUUCUCACAAGUCCUUCACGUGGAGUGUUCAUUCGAACCCGAAGGGAUUGCCUCUUUCAGCCCCAGUUUUAAGCCGAAAUCCAUCCUGUGCUCUGAUUCGGACGGCGAAGUUUUUCACCCCAGGAUAUGUGGCGUCGACAGAACACAGUACAGGGCUAUUCGGAUCUCUCCGAGGACUCACUUCCGCCCCAUUUCUGCAUCCGAGCUGUCCCCAGGAGGAGGAAGUGAGUCGGAAUUUGAAUCUGAGAAAGAGGAAGCAAAUAUUCCCAUUCCUUCUCAAGCCGAUGCGUUUGAAGAUCCACAGGCAGAUCUCCAGCCGCUGGAAGAAGACGCGGAGAAAGAAGGCCAUUACUAUGGAAAGUCAGAGCUCGAGUCUGGAAAAUUCCUUCCCAGGUUAAAAAAGUCUGGCAUGGAAAAGAGCGCUCAGACAUCACUGGAUUCUCAGGAGGAAUCAGCCGGGAUUCUGCCAGCGGGGAAGCGGAAUCAGUGUUUGGAGUGCAGCAUGAAUGAAUCUCCGGAAAUCGCUUUAGAAAGCUCAGAAGCGAAUUGUAAAAUAAUGGCACAAUGCGAGGAAGAAAUUAAUAAUUUUUGCGGUUGCAAAGCAGGUUGUCAGUUUCCUGCUUAUGAAGAUAAUCCAGUUUCUUCGGGACAGCUGGAAGAGAUUGGGAAGAAAGAAAAAGAGGGAAGAAGCGAGAUUCUACAUCAUACCACUGCCAUAUUCCUUCGCUUUCUAUUUCCUGUAUUGAACACUGAUGUUCAAGGAAUGAAUAGAAGUCAAGAAAAACAGACUUGGUGGGAAAAAGCCUUGUACUCUCCUCUUUUUCCUGCGUCAGAGUGUGAAGGUGUGCUGACAGUUUUGUGCCCACUUGAGCAGCACAUCCACCGACACUGGGCGACACGGAGGAGACCAGCAUGGCCCGACACGGUCCGUAUUUCUUCACCAGCCUCCACCAUUCUCUGAAACAGGAAUCGAAACACAGAAGAAGGCCAAGAAAAAGACUGCUGCCGGGGAUGUGCAUAGACCAGGCUGUGACCUGAGAUACACUUCAAAGUGCAGGGAAAAUAGACCCCCGUGUGUGGGGAAGGUCAGGGUUGAGCUGUGGGCCUGGGGCUUCACUGCACCGUGAUGGCUCCUUGGUAGAGAUUUGACACCUUCCACAAUUACACUGGUUCUGAAGAUGAAAACAAGUAAGUCCGAAGUGGGGAAAGUGAGGUUUUCGCUCAGCAGUGGAGCCUAACUCUGACGAGUCCAGGUGGGGUCAGAAGGGACCGUUCCCGUGCCACCUGGGUGGCUCAGGCGGUUAAGCGUCCGACUUCGAAUGUCCCAGUUGGUGGGUUCGAGCCCCGCGUGGGGCUCUGGGCUGACACAGCUUGGAGCCUGGAGCCUGCAGACCCCUGCCUGCACUGGCGCCCCUCCCCUGGGUUCCUAGAGGCCGACGGAUAGCAAGGCUUUCACGCCCUGUCUGCCCCAGGGAGGGGUCAGUGUCCGCGCCCCUACACGAGUGGCCCAAAGCCUGGCUGGGCUUCACUUCCCAGGGCCAGGCUGAUGCGGGGCAGACAGAAGAGCCUUCCCACCUUUCAGACCUCGGGGCUCCCGCCAGAUGUGUUAAACUCCCCUCCCCUCCCGCAUCAGCACACCGGUGUCGUGAGCCGUUAGCCUGGGACGGCGCCCCGGGUCCUGGCUCUGAACCUGGGCCUCUUUUCUCACCCUCCGUGGUCUCCCCGCAUAAGCCUCUGGAGGGGCUUGUGGGGGCCUCUUGCACUUGUACGUUUUCGGUUCAGACACCUGCUUGGAGCCCUGAUGGGGAGCUGAGGCAGGCUGGCCGGCCUCUGUGUCCCCCAGAGUGUGGACCCGAGUCCGUGCGCCCCGGAACCCACCCCCUCAUCUCCUCUGAGUGGUGCUGCGCGUGCCCCCUCCUGCGCGCAGACCCCCACCUGCCCCUCCCUGAUCCCACUCGGCCCCCCGUCUCCCCAGGAGCCCUGUCUUCCCAAGUCCUCCCAAGAGCCCACGGAUGUGGUGAUCGACGGCCAUCCCCACUUUACAGGUGAGCAAACCAAGACUCAGCGAGGGGUGAGUGUAGUGUGGGUGGGGUCUCACCCCCUGGGGCAGGAGGUUCAGAUCCUGCCCGUGUACUUAGCUGCGGUGGGGACUUGGGCUGGAAGGUUCCCCUGUCUGAGCCUCAGUUUCUUCUCUGUGACCCAGGCAGGUGCGGGGAUGAAGGGGGCAGACACACAUGAGGUGUGGUCUGCCCUCCUCGGUGUGGGUCCCGGCUGCCUCCGAGGGACCGGAGGACUGUGCGGAGACCCUACAAGGCAACGGGGUAUCCGGGAGGGCGGCCGGGAGCCCAACACGGGGUGCGGCUGCUGGGGGACGGCAGCACCCAGGGUAACACUGGGAGUCACUCACUGGAGGGCCCGGGACCUAGAGGAAGAAGGGAGUCAGGGCUUCCGGGUAGAGGGCAGAGCCGGGGCAAUAGCCCGGAUGUGAGGACAACCCAGGUAGUCUGGGUUGAGUCUGGAGAGACCUCGGGCCCGGUGACGGAGCCUCACGGGUGGCCACGAGGGGUGGCCCACGGUGGAUCAUCACGUGUGGGACGGAGCUGCCCCCUCUGCACCCUCCUCGUGCGCUCCCACAUGGGGCCUGACCCCACAGCUUCUAAAUCAGGCUCUGCUUUCUGAUGGUGGCAGUGGCAGGCGACUGAGUGAUGCCUUUAAAAAACGAGGCUAUUUGGAAAAUUCCACUGUGGUAUGCUGGAACGCGGAUCUCCACCCCCAGGCAGUUUCUGUUUCCUUCAUAUCCACAGCCUUAAAGGCCUCCAGUCCUGGGCACCUCUUAAGAUUCAGGAAGCCAGAGGCCACAGGGGGCCCCCGGGGGGCUCCCCCUCGCCCCAGCAAGGCCAUGCAUUCCGUAAGUUGGAAGGUCCACUGGUUUCAUCGUAACUCCCUUUUUCUCAUCUAUUAUGUGGGGUGCUCUGGGAAUGAGCGACCUUUGAUGUGGGGCCAGAUCCACCUGGGGUCAAGCGUUCCCAGUAAAAUGGGGCAACAGUACAGCCUCAUAGGGUUGCUAGAACGGUUGGAGACGCUGUUGCAGAGCGUGGACCACGCAGACCACAGGCACGCGGCUCUGUUGCGUUGUCUGGCGGUGCACGGAGUCCCCAGCCUCUCGGAGCACGAGCCCGGGAAUGGGGUUUGCCUCGUUUAUCUCAGGGCUUCCGUACGAAGGGGCCCGGGCCGCACAGCCCUCAUCCGAAGGUUGACUGUGCUUCUUGAAAUCCACUGGUUCCCCAUCAGUGAGCAUCUUAGUACGUCUUCGUUAUAAACAGAGCACGUACUUGUCGGGAAAUCUAACAGUUUCAAAGUGUGUAGGGACAGAAGAUCAUCAUUUGUGUUCUGAUACUCACUCACGUCAGCGUUUCUUCCUGUUAAUGCCUGUGGAAUAUUCCAUACUCUUUGAUUAUACUGUAAUGUUGUUUUAAAUUUAUUUUUGAGAGAGAGAGAGGAGCGUGGGCAGGUGAGGCGGAGAGAGAGGGAGACACAGAAUCCAAAGCAGGCUCCAGGCUCUGAGCUGUCAGCACAGAACUUGACACGGGGCUUGAACCCACAGACCUCGAGAUCAUGACCUGAGCUGAAGUCAGACGCUUCACUGAGUGAGCCGCCCAGGCCCCUGGGGCAACUUUAUCAGGGUAGCUCCUUUCAGGUGUGUUAUUAGACCAAAGAGAUUCUAUGUUAUAAUUUUUUUCUUUUGCUUUCUCCUUUGUUGGAGCCGUGCCUUCCCUUGUUCGUGACUGUGUUACUACCAGUUCUGCCUCCCUGCAUUCACUGAUUUUAAUCUACUACUGGUAGGAAACAGGUCGCUGCACCCGUUAAAACUGUGAGUGGGGCACCAGCUCGGUUGGUUAAGCGUCCCAGGCUCGGUUUCGGCUCAGGGCAGCAUCUCACGGGGUUCAUGACAUCGAGCCCCAAGUCCAGCUCUGUGGCUGGCGGUGCGGAGCCUGCUUGGGAUUCUGUUUCCCGCUCUCUGCCCCUCCCCCGCUCUUUCUCGCUCUCUCGAAAAAUAGACUUUAAAAAGCCAAAACAAAAAAAAACAGUGGGUAGAGUACCGGUUGAUGGCUCUGGGGUGCGGGCCUGAGGCCUGCGUCUCGCAGCAAAGUGCGGAGGCUCACGGUGGCUUCUCUGGUCCUGGCACCGUUCAGUCUCUGUCUCUGGUUUUCUUCUCUGGGCCUGAGGUUGUGGGAAGGCUGACCUCCAGCCCUCGGGGCUAGCCCCGUCUCCGUUUUCUGUUGUUGUUUUUUAAUCAUUUCGCUCGAUUUCCAGAAGCAACAAGAGAACCCCAAAUUCCAGGCACUGUUUCCAAGAAAAUGGGCGCUCCCGUGUCCCUGGUGAAGGAGGUUAACGCAACAAGGAAUAAAGGCAGAAAGGACAUGC